GAACACAAUGGUCUGAGAGAUUGCAUUGUUUCCUGCUCUAAAGAGUGUACUGAUAGAAGAAUUUUUCCCUAAAGAGACUAAAGUGGGUUCCAGGAUGUUGAAAGGAGAAUUCCCCAGUGCCUCAAAGGACUUGGAAGAGAUGCAGAAGAAGCUAUGUCUGCUGAUAGAGUCCUUCCAGGCUCACUCAAAGGUGGUCUCCUUUAUGAAGUCGCCAGUGGGCCAGUACCUGGACAGGCACCCUUUCCUGGCCCUCGCCUUGCUGGUGUUUGUCGCUGUGUCUGCCAUUCCCAUUGGAUUCUUCCUGUUCCUCGUGAUGCUCACCUCACUGGCUGCGUUUGUGGGUGUCAUCCUACUGGAAGGGCUGGUCAUCUCAGUGGGUGGCCUCUCAUUGCUUUGUGUCCUCUGUGGCUUGUGCUUCGUGUCCUUUGUCCUAUCGGGGACCGUCAUAGUGUCCUACGUGGUGACCUCCAGCCUCAUCAACUACUGGUUUUCUCCGAAACCUUGGUUACAACAGAAAGCCGGUGACAACAAUCCGCCAGCUGGAAAUUCCGCAGACUUAGAAGAGAGCUACGGGGAGUGACCGCCAGAGGGAACCCGAGCUGCUCCCCUGGCACCGUGGCUGGCUGCUGAUUCUUUCCCAUCCCCUGCGGAGUCUGGGGCUGGACAGCCAAGCACCCCUGGGAAGCAUCCUUCCGCCUUGCUUAUGGGAUGACGCAGCGGCUGGUAUCAGGAAUUGUUGACAGCUCGGAAACUGGCUGCUCCUGUGUUUCCGUCGGGCCUCCCUGGCUUGCAGAGUGAGACCCAUGAUCUUGCCCUCGCAAAUCUGUGCCCCAGGGGUGCUUUGGGGAUCCAUGAUGAACUGGUUUUCCCUACUUUUAAUAAUAAACUUGAAAUAGUAAUAUGCUUUGGAAGUAAGAGAUAUGAGGGUUAGAUGGGGGGAUUUAAACCAGACAGCGCUAUUGGUCUUUUUAAAGACCAGCACACUUUGGAAAUUAUGGCCUCAGAUAAGAGACGAUGUCUAAGUCCAAACUUUUAAUUUUAUAGCCAGAAGCAUUUUUUUAAAAAAAGUCUAAAGAUACA